UGAGAAAAACACACUCAAAAUAUACACCUAGGAAGUCACUCCAGCCUAAUAGCGAUGGCCUGCAACCUAAGAGCGAUGGCCUCCAACCUACUAGCAAUGACCUCCAACCUACUAGCACAGUGUUGAGAUUUCAGCUGCCGGACAUGGCUUUGGGCCCAUGUGGGUGAACUUGGAUGCCUUUGGCAUCGCAUUGUCCUUACUCACCUGGCUCCUCCUAAUCUUCACAGAUGCGGUGGUGGUGCGCUUUGUGCUGUUCGCCUGGUUCACAACAAGUCGGCCAAGAUUUCGCUGGGUGCCUUUGAGCGACUUGGGGCUCUUUCUGCUGGCCUUGUACCAGCUGCUCCUGAUGUUGUCUCUGGUCUCCCAUGUGCGUGCCGUCACCACUGAUCCGGGCACAAUGUCGCUCAGUUCGGCACCCGAAAGCCUCAGCAAUCCGCGGAAUUGCAAGCUCUGCCAGGAACGCUGGAAGCCACCUCGAGCGCAUCAUUGCAAGACGUGUCGAUGCUGCAUCUUCCGCAUGGACCAUCAUUGUCCUUGGAUCAACAACUGCGUUGGCCUUUCGAACCAAAAGCUCUUCAUUCUCUUCUUAGUCUACACCUGUGUCAGCGCAAUCUGGACGCUGCUGCUCUUGGCCGCAGGUGCCUUUUGUUGGCUCUACAGCCAAAAGUCCUGGUCCGAUGCGCCACCGCCGGGGAGUGCAUCGCUCAUAUGCUGUGGGCUUGUAGCAGUGGAGUGUUUUGCCGCAGUGCUCUUUGUCAGCGACUUCAUCCAGGAGCAGGUGGAGUCUAUCCAGAUGAACAGCACACUAGUGGAGACGUACCAACGCACGCACGGGCCGCGGACGUCAUUCUGGGAGCACUUCACGUCGAUCUUCGGCCCCUGCUGGUGGACCUGGCCUUUCCCUUUUCCGCCGGCCCUGGAGCCUGACUACCUGGAGCCGGCCCUACCUGAUGAGGCGGAGCUCUGGAGUCAGGACUGCGCAGAUGAUCACAACAGUCUGGGCAUUGCAGGUGAAGAGAGCGAAGAGAUGGCAGCAAAGGAGGAGACCCUUAGUGCGCGACCGAGGCAAAGGCACACGGACAGCAAGCUUGACUGAGCUUGGAUCAACAGCAUCCGCCGCAUCCAAUUGUCAGAGCUUCAUGUCUUGCCCCCGAAGGCAGAUUCCAGUGUUCAUCACACGAAAAGGACGAAAAGGUUCGAAAUCCGAUGAACAAAAGCAGGAGCUCUUGGUUUGUGCCCUUACCGGCACUUGAGAAACGGAUGUGCCACGGCUGCCAAAAUUGGUGAACGACCUGAAGUCAGAUCUUGAUUGCUGCUGGUUGACUUGCUUCUUCGGGGAUCGCUCCGAAUGCUUGUGUGUGGGCUGAGAGUCAAGAUGCAUGUGAUCUUGCAAACACCAAAGAAACUUUGACACAUCAAAAGGAUCAUGCACGAACAUAUGUCACUGCUCUUGAGCCUCUUUUGGACAUAGGAAAAACUUGUCUGUGUACUUCGCUGCAGAUCCCAAGUACCCUUGAAAGGACCACCCACGAAGGGACAAUGGUCGCAGGCUCACAUGGCUUUGCUGUGCUGCUUUGCAUGUGAGCUCUUGAGAGGAGAAGCCACGGAGGGAUCAGAGCUCGAAAGUCCUUCUGGUCAAGUCCAGAGUUGGAAGUGAGUGAUGAAUUCCAAACCGACCAAAGUCAGGGGCAAGCGUGUGGUCAUACUACGAGGGAAAGCUGCUGGCUUGCUGAGGGAACAGUCAAGUAUUGACCCGGAUCGGCAAAGCCGAAGGUCAAGGGCACUACUGGAGGGUAUGAUGCCAAGAUUGGCAUCUCAUCCAAGAAGGUCCACUGCCUGAUGGGCAUGAGGGGUCUUUGGAUGAUCAUGAUGAUCGGAGUCCAAAAGAUUGCUCGUCGGACUCAGCUGGGAAAGAACGGAAGGCAUUUUUUGGAGGUUGUUUUGAGCCACACCUGAACCCGGACUCAGCGGUCUCGCCUCCAAACCUGUCAGCCUCUGACUCAGAUUCGUACUCUCGCGACCCAUGGGCCUUAACUGCUGCGCAAUGAUUUGAAGACGCUGGUGCCACUGAGGCCCGAAAGACCUGAUUGAACCACUGGUGCUGGAAGUUUUGUACCGGCUUCGAAACGAAUCGAGUUGAAUCGAAUCGAUCGGAUAUUCAAGUUGUCACGAGAAGAGAGUUGAUUCGGGAUUGAACUUCCCAUACGCAUGCACAGGGCAUCCUUCUGAAGAAUUUCAUGAUGGCAACCAGGGACUUGAGGGACCAAGGUGGAGCCCAGGUGCGGUUGAACGAUGGAUACUUUGGCAUGUUCAAUCAUCCGAGACUGUGAUUUGGAGUGUGCUUUGGAAGGUCACUGGCAGACGUGCGUGCUUGGAGAACAUCACCAGCUUAUCACAACGCCGUCCCGCCUAAAUGAAUUUGAGGGGCAAGUUCAAGAUGAAACCAAAAGCUUGCCAAUGACCCUAGAGAAAACACACAACAAAGCGGUCCAAAGCAAAGGUGGUCCAGUGCCACCUGCAAAGCUGUCAGAGGAGCGUCAGGCUGCCGGAAGGAGAGUUUGACGUCAGAUCGAAGGUGUUGGAGAACUCCAAUGCCUUGUGAUGGAAUGCCAACCUGGCCAGCGAGGACCAGAAGCUUGUGGACCGGCUGGUGGCGAUGGGGCGUUGGCGGGGGAAGAGUUUUGGAGUUCGGAUUGACAACUUGGUGCUGGAAAAAGUUUGUAUUGGAGAAGGAAGUGCAACCACUUCGGCAGCUUGUGCUCAUUCCAGCCGAUGUAUCCAAGUGAUGGUCAAAUGGUCAAUCCUGGAAUCGUGGAGGUGGUCAAGGACGCCAAAAAUUUGGUCGAGGCUUGAGUAGGGUGAGGUUUUCACCCCACUACAGUCAGUCAUCCAUCCGCAAGGUCAUGAACGGUCCGCUGGUUCAGUUGGUUCAGUGGGGCAGUCUGGAAAUCGAACCACGAGUUGCAACCGUCAGAUCUUUUUUCAAGAUCCCAAAAGCGUGUUGGCCAAGAAGUCUGUUGGAAAGGACAGAACCCUGGUCACACCUGGCUACACAGAGACAGGACACAACAGCCAGUGAUGCAAUGUGCGCCUGGGAGCUGACGUUGGACGAGGGCAACAGCUUGCCAGGCAAAGAAUUGAAGUGGGGCAGUGGGGGGAUGAGAAAUUGUUGAAGGUCAGUCACGAGCAGUGCUGGGCAGCUGCGUCCUUCGAAUGGAAGAGCGCAAAAUCUGAAUCAGGUCAGGAUUUGGGAGUUUCUACAAGCCACAAAGGUGAGCUAUCGACAAGGUGGUGUACAAGAGCGUGCCAAUGCCGCUUUCGGGGAAAGUGAUGCCGCAACAUCGACUUUGUUAUUCAGUGCCAAGGGGACGUCAGAUUGCGGACGAUGUUGCGCUGCCUUGCGCAAGGCCAGCUAGAUUCCACAUUUAACUUGCACUUCUCUUUUGGUUCCCUGGCGUUGGAACAGCAGAAACUCGCUUCUUGCGCCCUGAGAUUUUGUCGCAAUGGCAACGGUGGAGUGGCAAAGGGGGAGUGCAGGAAGACACGUGUACAUCACUCAUUGAAUCAAAUAGUGUCAUCAAAGGCUUCCAGUCAAGUCAUGCGUCG